AUAGUUUAGACGUUAAUUAUAAGAAGGUUCCCAAGUUUCAAGUGUUAUAGAGACUAAUAAUGGAAGUGACCAAGUUACAUAGCUCUGAUGAUGAUGACAAGAAGGAAGAAGAUGAAGUUGUGCUACCUGGCUUUAGAUUCCAUCCCACAGAUGAAGAGCUUGUUGGGUUUUAUCUGAGACGAAAGGUAGAGAAGAAGCCUCUAAGAAUUGAACUCAUCAAACAGAUUGACAUCUACAAAUACGAUCCAUGGGAUCUUCCUAAAGCGAGUUCAGUGGGGGAGAAGGAAUGGUACUUCUUCUGCAUAAGAGGGAGAAAAUACAGGAACAGCAUAAGGCCUAAUAGGGUGACAGGGUCUGGAUUUUGGAAAGCCACAGGGAUUGAUAAGCCAAUAUACUGUGUUAAAGAACCCCAUGACUGCAUUGGCCUAAAGAAAUCAUUGGUUUAUUACAGAGGAAGUGCUGGAAAAGGCACCAAAACUGAUUGGAUGAUGCACGAGUUUCGUCUCCCACCCAAUGGAAAAACUAUCAAUAAUCCACAACCUAAUCAUCUUCAAGAAGCUGAAGUGUGGACGCUAUGCAGAAUAUUCAAACGAGUCCCAUCUUUUAAGAGGUACACACCAAAUUUGAAAGACUCAGCAAUGACGAAGGCAAUAAUAAACCCUACAAACUCUUCAAUUUCCAAAACAUGCAGCUUAGAAUCUGACAACGGCAAGCCAUACUUGACUUUCACAAACUCACCACUCAUUCAACAAAACCAAACCAAAGCACAUGUUGACGAACGUAGCCACUUGUUUCUAGCUCAGCCUCCAACAUCCUUCUCUUACUCCACUUUUUGGAAUCCUCAGAGUGCCGAUUUUGGUAACGAGAAUUGGGAUGAUCUUACAUCUGUCGUUCAGUUUGCCAUUGAUCCAUCCAGGGUUUCUGAUUGUAAAGAAUUUAAUAGAUUUUAAGAUCGCCAUUUUCAUCUUUAAACUACUAAUAAUAGUAACAUA